GUGCCCCGGCUCACGCGGGCUUCAGGCGCGCGGUUGUAGCUCCCUGGCGGCGGGAGAAGUCGCGCUCGCGCCAAGAGACGUGUGUUUGCACUCGCGUGGUCAUGGAGGCGCCGCCGCCGCCGCCGCUAGCCGCGACGACUCCGGCCUCUGGCCGGAGCCGAAGACUGCUGCUGCUGCCACUGCUGCUCUUCUUGCUGCCAACUGGAGCUCUGCGAGGCUGGGAGGCAGAAGAGAGGCCCCGAACCCGCCAAGAGGAGUGCCACUUCUACGCGGGUGGACAAGUGUACCCAGGGGAGGCGUCCCGGGCUUCGCCCGCCGACCACUCCCUGCACCACAGCAAGGCCAAGAUUUCCAAGCCAGCGCCUUAUUGGGAAGGAACAGCUGUGAUAAAUGGAGAAUUCAAGGAGCUCAAGUUGACUGAUUAUCGUGGGAAAUACCUGGUUUUUUUCUUCUACCCCCUUGAUUUCACCUUUGUGUGUCCAACUGAAAUCAUCGCCUUUGGUGAUAGAAUUGAAGAAUUCAAAUCGAUAAACACUGAAGUGGUAGCAUGCUCUGUUGAUUCACAGUUUACCCAUUUGGCCUGGAUUAAUACCCCUCGACGACAAGGAGGACUUGGGCCAAUAAAGAUUCCACUUCUUUCGGAUCUGACCCAUCAGAUCUCAAAGGACUAUGGCGUAUAUCUGGAGGACUCAGGCCAUACUCUUAGAGGUCUUUUCAUUAUUGAUGACAAAGGAAUCCUAAGACAGAUUACUCUGAAUGACCUCCCAGUCGGUAGAUCAGUGGAUGAAACACUGCGUUUGGUUCAAGCAUUCCAGUAUACUGACCGACAUGGAGAAGUCUGCCCUGCUGGUUGGAAACCUGGUAGCGAAACUAUAAUCCCAGAUCCAGCUGGAAAACUGAAGUAUUUUGACAAACUCAACUGAAAAAUACUUCAUCAGCUGAAAAGUACUUCGUCAGGUUGCAAUGCUUGAAGGUUCUUAGUGAAGUUCACCGUUUUAGAACUUAGUAAAGUUCACCGUUUCAGAACCA